CCUUGCAUCGGUCAUGGAGGUCAUCCACAGUUAGAAACACUUGCAGGUCGCAGUGUGGGUACAGUAGCCUGGAGGUGCAGUCUAAAUCCUGCAGAGCCGACUACUUGGUGGAUUUUGACAUGACCCCCAAACGGCUGGAGCAUUGAUACUGCUGUGUUGUCGGUGACAUUUGAGGUUUGAGAAGACAAUGAUGUUUUGUUUGUGCGCCUGAUCAAAUCUCACCAUUGUCAGGUCGCAUAAUCCUCCUGAGUGCCUGCAGGCGCCCCACUAUGAGGAUUAGCUGAGUCACAUUAGUCCCAUGUGAUGCAGCUUCAGUCUCAUCCCCUGAUCUGAUCGUUCUGGCUCUCCUGGAAAGAUUCAGGUCCACUGUGACUCCAUGACAUCACACCAGAGAGAUGGAACGUUACGUGUAUUACGUGAUCAUAAGCACCGCUCUAUAUUUAUCAAAUCAUGGGGCUUGCUGUGCUGCAUGCUCGUGCAAACGAACGCCCACCUAAGGACAUACAACAUGGUGCUGCUGAGACUCCAGACCUCUCACCUCCUGUAGACCAGGAUCACAGCUCAAGCAGGACAGGUUCUAUUGCACCAUCUAAGUGAAAUGGAAGACUUUGAAUUCAGUGUGGAGAUCUCUGACCGUGACUGGGAAUGCUUCUUUACGGAGUGUGAGGAGUGCAACCUGCUUCCUCCUUCGUUGGCAGCUGUGGAUGACUCUGGGAUGAGUGACAUGGAUGAUACAGGGUCCAUUGUUGCAAAGAGGUUUCAGAAAGUCGACGUGACAGCAGGCUUUUCAGAGGCUGACUGCCCAAUGGACGGCCCCCCAGACUGUGAGGGCUCUCCUGUGGAGCAUUACCUUGGCAAACACGGCAUAGGUGGAAUGGAGAGCGUCCUCUCGGGCAGUGAGGAGGAUAUACACCUGCAAUCUAUCAAUGUAUUCUUUGAAAGGCUGAAAAAUGUUGCAGAGGCUGAGAGGCUUACUGAGCCAAGCCAAGUGAGAGUUAGAAAAAACAGAGAGGUAAUGCAGGAGGAGGAGCACUGUAGUGAUGGGCAACAAGCCAGCAGCACUUCUUUGCCAAAAAACAUCCCCAAGUUAAACUGUCUGCCUGCCAGGGGUGAAACAGCAGUUGGCAAAGAGACCAUGGAGCCUGUCGACACCAUCAGCAAUGUAAUGAAAACAAUGAAAAAAGACAAGCCUGGUUCCAACAUUUCCCCUGAACCUGCAGCCAGUAACUCAGUGCUCAAGACUAACCCUGAAACAAGAAUAUUCAUCACAGAGGAAACCGGCACAGAAACCAGAGUAAAUGAGGCAACACAGUCUCUUGACUUACCAAACGGGGUCGAGACGACACCUAACACUGACAAAGUGAUGAAGGUGGAAAUGUGCACACCUCUGGAGGACGUUAAACAGGGGUAUUUGUUGACAAGUCAGUUAACUCCCAUUAAAAAGUGCAGCACUGAUUCAUGGAGUGAUUUAGAAACAAUGACAAAUGUAAAAUGGAAGGAAGACCCGAAUGUUUCACAGCCAGAUGCAACAAGUAUAAACAAAACAGCAAGCCAAGAAUCGUCUCCAUCUGCCUCUAUCAGAAGGAAGAGGAAGAAGAAGAGACGACUCAGUGUUGAGCCAACUGAGAGCGUGCAUGGAUAUGAGAGACAGGUUUUAGUCAAGCAGAGCGACUCAGAGGAAGAGCAGUAUGCAUGGAGAGGAGCAACGGUACCUGAGGAUAUUAAUUUAUUUUAUUCAAAUGAACCACAGAAAACUGUUAUGGCCUCUUUAGCUGGAUAUUCAGCCACCAGUGAUCUCCCAGUGAAGAUAUCUGCUAAGGAGAUAAAAGUAAAAGAUCUUUCUCACUGCAGUCCUCCAUGUUUCAGUCAAUACCAGCAUUUACCGGAGAGCUUAGUCAGAGAGGGAAGGUAUAAAGCAACAGGCCUGACUGUUAGUAAUGUAACUAAUGGUAGGUCAGUAACCCCACUGAGGCAAACUGACAGUAUAAUGUCAGCAUCAAACAACAGUGGUAAUGUCACAACAAAUUUACAACCAUGCAGCAAAUUACAAGUAGAAGAAUCAGCUCGACUUAAACAUCCUGGUGUAGCUGGUAAUUCAGACCUGGACACAGUAACAGCAGGUUUCCAGCAGUCUGAUAAAAUAAAUCAUUCUAAUAUUUGUUGUGAAAAUGAACAAAAUCCAGACUUGUGUACAGCAGAGGUCAAAUCACUAACUCAAAGCAUUUUACCAAGCGCAGAGUCAAAUGAUCCCGACGUGGACGUCGUCCAAAAUGACAGACUAUCUGCUGCUAAGUCAGUCCUGGCUGAAGAGGCUGGAAAUUCUGGCGGAGACAUCCACACACUGUGUCAAAGAGAGGAUGAGCCCCAACAACAGCUGGAAAUUGACUGUCACUACACAGAUCAGUAUAGCUCGACACAGGAAAAGACUCACUUUCCUGUGUCUGCAGAUGGUAUGAACAGUCCUGACGCUCAAGUGAACUGCACUACAUUAACAUUAGACACCAGCAAUUUACCGUCAGAUCAAUGCUGUCUGUUUAAAAGUCCCAGUUUAGAUAUAAAUAUUACAGUACGGCAAACAGAGUAUCCUCUAGUGUGUCACACUUUAUCCAAAUUUGAUGUUUUGUCAGAGGAAAACACAACAACAGCCGAAUUAUCAGCAUCACAAAUAAUGGAUGUUCAUAGUGAGAACCCCAUGCCAUCUGGUGAAAUUAAUCUAACAGGCAAAAGUCAGCCAAAUCCUUCAGAUUUCACAACUCACCUCUCAUCCUGCUGUAUUCUGGACACAGAGUCAGUCAUGUCACUCUCAAAUGAAAAUAUCGCAGACAUGUCCAGAAGUUCUUGUUUAUCUGUCAGUCAAAAUGACACUGGACUUAAAGAAGAAAAAGCAUCACUAAUACUGACAAAACCUGCAGAGAGAUGCGACACAUCUGGACCUGAAACUUCUGUAUCAAAUGACACAACAGAUUCAAAAUGUGAUUUGGUGCUCAAAGCAGAAGAUGCCAUCAUACCAUCUAAAGGAGAAUGUAAACCUGAAAAGACACCAGAUUCAAAACAGUCAGUGUUUGCUAUGUCUUCUUUUUGGAGUGAGAUGGAGAAGUUGACGAUAAAAGAUAUUCUGCGUUUACGAAUGACCAGCACAGCUGCUCCACCCAGCUCCCUCCCUUCUUUACAAGAAAAUGAGGAAAAUGACGUGUUAACUAUGAUGGAUUCAGGAUUCUUUAAUCAAAUGGACAAGUCCAAGCCUGAACAAAGUUUAGGUUCGGUCUCUUCAAGAGGUGUUAUGUGGGAGAGUGAACCCGUCCCAGUGAGUCUAGGUACUGAUAUUUACACUAACAACAUGAUGUUGACAUCUGUUAGUAACAUUUCUCAACCAGUCCUUCCUGCAAGUGCUCAAACGUGCCGCAGAAAGAUUUGUAAAAAUGUAAGCGUGCACAAUCUACAUGCCCUGGAGUCUUUUAGCUACACAUGGAAAGACCAAACUUUACAAACCUUAGAGGAAGGAGAAUUAGAACAACUAAAGUAUUUGCCUGAUACACAAGUGCCUAAGCAAGACAAAGACGUGGACUAUUUAGCUUCAUCUUCAGCAGACAGCUACAGAAUCUCUCUCACAGAUGUAUUUCAGUACUUCUUUGGUGGAAAGCAAUCAAAUCCCAGUCAACCAGCCACAGAUAACAUAAACACCUGCUACACUGAUGGAAAUUCUGUCCCUGAAACUUACGAUCAUUUCUUCUCUGAGUUCGAUACAGAAAGCUUCUUCUACCCUCUGAUCACAGCAAAAGAUCAAGCCAAAGACGAGCUGGUUCCCGUCUUUUCCUACUCUCGAGCAGCCAACAGAAACUUUCAGUUCCCCGAGGCUUAUGAUUACUUCUUUGCAUCCUCAUCUUCAGAUGAUUCUGCUGCGGAGUCAGAUGAAGAAGAAAACUGUGCUCCUGUGAGGGUGGUGAACAGGUUCAGUUGUACAUCAAGCUCAUCUAAGAUUUCUACUGACGCAUAUGAGAAUUUCUUCACAGACAGAGAUCUCGGCCACAAUUUCUUUUGGAAAAAUGCACUCUCUUUCAGGAAUAUUAGUCUUACUGGAUCUAAAGUCCAGAAUCAGAGUCCCUCUAACUCCCUUGUACCUGUGAGACAAAGUGCAAGUUCCUUUCGGACAGUUUAUCCAAUGAAUGCUCUGGGAAAUCAAGGUGUGAUGCUUUCUGAUCCACUUCUCCGUCACCUGGAGGACAGGAUCUCUAUACAGCUAGCACAGCAGCCCUUCAGACAUGAGGACUUGCAGAUAGCUGUUUCAAAUCCAAGGUUGGAUGCCUCCCUCCUGCCUCUCAAACAGUCAGACAUGUGUCUGGUUUGUAUUGCAUUUGCUUCAUGGGUGCUGAAAACUGCAAACCCACAAGUUGGAGAUGCCUGGAAGGCUGUUCUGCUGGCGAAUGUAAGCGCUUUGUCAGCCAUCCGAUACCUGCGUAAAUAUGUCAAGAUGGAGGCGUCAACCAGUGAGAGGAAACUGAAUUACACAGAAUCGUCUGAUUCUUGACGUCCUGCCUCUGAAUACGUCACGUUUAAAAGGAAAUAUUGUUCCAUGAGUACUGAUUAAAAAAAGCCAGUGCAGGAUCUUGGCCCUUUGUGGACGUUGUGAAAUGCUUGAUGUGCUGCUACUUGUUUGCGUUACGUAUUUGCACUAUAUUUAAUAGUAGUUGUUCUGCUUCUUGCUAAAUUAAUUUGGUUGACUGUUUUGCUAUGUAAUGUCUGAAACCAUGCGUGAGAUGAUGCAAUAUGAAACUGCUAAAGGCAAGAUGAGACAUAUUUUUUCAGAAAGAUGGCUUAGGUGUUUGUAAAUAAGGUUCUACUGAAAGAAGAUUAUAAGCAGGUUCAAACAGAGAUGUACAGUCAAAGAUGUUGAACAGGAGAUAAAUGGAUUAACUUGAGGCACUUGAAGAAUUUCUGUUUGUUUUCCAUUACACACUAGUGAGUGUUAAAUAUUUCAAUAAUAAUUAUUUAUUAUAAUAUUUUACAAAAUAAGAUGAUAUGAAAUCUCUUGUAAUGUUUUCCAAAAUGGUAAUACUUACAAAAGCAUAAUUCAUGUGGGGGACUGUAUUCUGUGCCAGUAUCAGUUUUAUAUGUAUAAAGUUAAUUGUAUUUUCAUGGUGGAUAAUUUAGAGAUGACUAUACAUUGUUUUGUCAUAUGGAUUUCUCUGUAAGCUGUUGAUGUCUCAGUAUAACAACAGUAAACAGCAUUUCUGA